CUUUAGGAGAAGUUCAUUCCCGCCGUUGUACAGCCUUUAGCGUACGUUUUUAGCCUUUUUUGUUUCUUCGUUUAGGCAUUUCUGCCUGUUGAAUGUCUAAGUUGUCUUCUAGGAGCCAGGGCUUGCGUAAGGCUGCAGCUGUAUGAAGAAGUCAAAACCUGGUGUCAGAAAGGACUGCAAAUUGACUACAAUAACAAGCAGUUACUCGACUUAUGGACCAAAAGCGUCGGUGAGCUGAAUGAUGCAGUGCAAGAAACAAACCAAAAGGAGGAUAUGAGCAGCCAUAUAAGUCCCUCAGAGAAAAGUCAAGACAUACGAAAUGUCUCAUACAUAGAUGAAAUCUGUCCAGACGACACUCAAGAGGUCAUCAGUCUCAAGCAAGAUCUGCAAAUUGCCAAAGCAGCCAAAGACAAAUAUGGAGAAGGAGCUGCUUACAAUAAUCUUGGUUUCGUGUAUCACUGCCUUGAAGAAUUUAGGAAAGCCAUUGAGUUCUACAAACGUUCUCUAAACCUUUUCAAAGAAACGGGAAGCAGGGUUUCAGAGGGGGAAAAUUAUUGCAACCUCGGUAAUGCUUAUCAAGAGUUAGGAAAUUUCAUAAAAGCUAUCGAGUACCAACAACUUGCAUUAGAAAUUAGAAAAGAGGUGGGCGAUAAGGAUGGAGAGGGAGUCAGUUAUUGCAAUCUUGGUGCUGCUUAUAACGGCGUUAUGGAAACUGCAUUUGGAUUUAGUUCAAGUUGUUGA